AUGAGUUGGAAAUUUAGUCAAGAUAAUCCAAAAAAAUUACAAAAUUUUAUUAAUGGACAAUAUGUUAGUCCAUUUCAAGUGAACAACAAUGUUGAAAAGGAAGUUAAAUAUAUUCCUGUUACUACUCCUCAUACAGGAAAAGUUAUUGCACAUUGUCCAAUUUCUACAGCUGAAGAUGUUAAUGCGGCAGUUGAUGCAGCAAAAAAAGCAUUUAAGACAUGGAGUUCGAGAACUGUUAAAGAUCGUAUUCAAACAUUGAUACGUUUUCAUAAUUUACUAAAUGAUCAUAUGGAUGAAUUAGCAGAUCUGAUUGUAUUAGAACAUGGAAAAAACAAAGCAGAAGCAAUUGCAAGCAUUACCAAAGGCGCAGAAACUGUGGAAUAUGCCAUUUCAUUGCCGCAAUUGAUUCAAGGGAAAAUAUUGGAGGUUUCUAGAGGAGUCACUUGUAACGACACAAAAUUGCCAUUAGGAGUUGUUGCUUCAAUUGUACCAUUCAAUUUCCCAAUUAUGGUUCCAAUGUGGACUUUACCAAUUGCUAUUGCUACAGGUAACACAUUAAUAUUAAAGCCAUCGGAAAAGGUUCCACUUACAAUGAAUCGGGUUAUGGCUUUACUUAAAGAAGCUGGAAUACCCGACGGAGUCGUUAAUUUAAUUAAUGGAACUGUUGAAGCUGUGAAUGCUAUUUGUGAACAUCCCGACAUAAAAGCAGUUACAUUUGUUGGUACUUCGCAGCAUUAUCAUACCUUCUGA